GAAGCCUCCGAAAGCUUCAAGUGCUCAUCUUCCCAAUUUUGAAAACCAAAUCAAUUAUUUAAAAAAUAAAUAAAUAAAGAAAAGAAAAGGCUUCAUCUCUCUCUCUCUCUUCUUCUUCUUCUUCCUUCUCCAAUCCCCCCGCCGUUUCUCCUCCGAUUCCCGCCGGGCCAGAUUCGACCCGUCGUAUGGAGGCCAUCCGAAAGCAAGCCACCAAGCUUCGUGAACAGGUCGCUCGUCAGCAACAGGCUGUACUCAAACAGUUUGGUGCUGGGGGAUAUGGAGGUUCAGAUAACAUUAUUACGGAUGAGGCAGAGCUUCACCAACAUCAAAAACUAGAAAAAUUGUAUAUAUCAACUCGUGCUGGAAAGCACUUUCAAAGGGAUAUUGUACGAGGAGUAGAGGGCUAUAUUGUUACCGGUUCAAAACAAGUUGAAAUAGGAACAAAGUUGUCAGAGGAUAGCAGGAAAUAUGGUGCUGAAAAUACAUGCACUAGUGGCAACACGUUAUCAAAAGCUGCAUUAAAUUAUGGACGAGCCCGAGCUCAAAUGGAGAAAGAGCGUGGAAACAUGUUGAAGGCACUUGGCACUCAGGUAGCAGAGCCAUUGAGAGCAAUGGUUAUGGGUGCUCCUUUAGAGGACGCUCGACAUCUCGCUCAACGAUAUGACAGAAUGCGACAAGAAGCUGAAGCUCAGGCUAUUGAGGUUUUCAAGCGCCAGGCAAGAGUGAGGGAAACACCAGGCAAUGCUGAGAUUACUAUGAAGUUGGAAGCUGCCGAAGCGAAAUUGCAAGAUCUAAAGUCAAAUAUGGCAACAAUGGGAAAGGAAGCUGCAGCAGCCAUGGCUGCUGUUGAAGCUCAACAACAAAGGUUAACUCUCCAGCGACUCAUUGCCAUGGUUGAAGCAGAACGUGCUUAUCAUCAGAGAGUCCUUCAGAUACUUGAUCAGCUUGAAGGCGAGAUGAUAUUGGAGCGGCAAAGAAUUGAAGCUCCUCCUACUCCUCCUCCUCCUGGUCCAAGUGUAGACAAUGCCAUGCCACCUCCCCCAUCAUAUGAAGAAGUCAAUGGUGUAUUUGCUUCUCAAGCACAUAAUGGCUCAACAGAUUCCAUGGGUUACUUUUUGGGGGAGGUUAUGCAUCCCUACCUUGCCGAGUCAGAUGUUGAACUCAAUUUAUCAGUUGGUGACUAUGUCGUUGUUAGAAAGGUGUCGAACAAUGGUUGGGCCGAGGGAGAGUGCAAAGGUAAAGCAGGUUGGUUCCCAUUUGGAUAUAUCGAAAGAAGAGAACGCGUACUUGCAAGUAAGGUUGCUGAGGUGUUUUGAUCCUUUUGCUUGAAUUUAUUUGGUUGGGAUUAUUGUAUGUGUAUUUUUUUUUUCUUUUUUUCAUUAGAUGUACUCAGAUGAUGCAUCUUGUUCUUGCUCAUAGAAUGCUCAUUCUAGCAAUUUUUGAGAUUUUGUAAUAUAGAGACCAACAAUUUCUGAUAUUGAUCUUUGUGGGCUGGGUUCGAAACUUC